AUGGGGUGUGGGGAAGAUAUCGUGACUUGGGUGAACAGUGAGGUGGAGAGAUCGUUCACGCUGAUUCUGGAGGUCCUCGACUUGUCCACCAACGAGACAGCAGGCGGCGGUGAGGUGAUAGACUCCAUGACGUACAGCGGCAUCUUGGUCCCGGGUCCUGAUUGGCACACUCUGACCCACGCGGGCUCGGUGGCGCGCGUGGCCUACCGGGUGCGCGUCCUGUGUGACCAGAACUACUACAACACAACCUGCACCAAGUUCUGCCGGCCCCGUGACGACCAGUUCGGACACCUCACCUGCGAUGCCUCCGGGGACAAGGUGUGCAGGCCUGGUUGGAUGGGGGACAACUGUGACAAAGCCAUAUGCAAGCAGGGGUGUCACAUGGAACACGGCACUUGCACCCAGCCCGGAGAAUGCGAGUGUCGCUUGGGCUGGACGGGCGAGCUGUGUGACCAGUGCCGCCCCUACCCCGGCUGCAAACACGGGUACUGCGACGGACAGCCCUGGACUUGCGUGUGUCAUCUGAACUGGGGCGGCAUCCUGUGUGACCAAGACCUGAACUACUGCGGCCGCUACCCCUGUGUGAACGGGGGCACCUGUGAGAACACGGCCCCUGAUGAGUACCUGUGUACCUGUCCAGAGGGAUUCUCCGGGGAAAACUGUGAGGUGGUAGAGGACCCCUGCGCCCCGGGACCCUGCCAGAACGGGGGAACCUGUCGUGAGGUGAACGGGGGCUUCCAGUGUACCUGUCCCGCGGGGUGGACGGGGAACACCUGUGGAGACGACGUGGACGAGUGUGCCUCCAGCCCCUGCGAACACGGGGGUAAAUGCAUGGACGAGGUCAAUGGCUUCAGCUGCAACUGCACGCAAGGUUGGGAGGGCAACACCUGUCAGUUCGAUUCCGAUGAGUGCCAAGGGCGGCCCUGCAUCAACGCCGUGUCCUGCGUCAACCUCGAGGGAGAUUACGAAUGCCAGUGCCGCAAGGGUUGGGAAGGCAAGAACUGCAACCUUAACCUCAACGACUGCCAGGGUCAAUGCAUCCACGGGGCGACCUGCAUUGACCUGGUGGAUGACUAUCACUGCGCCUGCGACCAUGGCUACACUGGUCGGCAUUGCGAGACGGAGGUGGAUGAGUGUAGCAACGCGCCCUGCCACAACGGAGGGGAGUGCGUGGACAUGCUAGCCGACUACCGCUGCAUCUGUCCUGUUGGGUUCUCCGGGCAGCAGUGUGAGAUCGACAUCGACUUGUGCAACCCGAACCCGUGUGACAACGGCGCCCCCUGCAUCAACACGCGCUCCGACUACUACUGUCACUGCCCCGAGGGAUGGGCCGGCAAGAACUGCUCGUCUCCCCGCCCCGCCUGCACCACGCCCCCCUGCCAAGUGGUCGACAGCUGCACGGUGCCGGAGUCUCAGGAGUCCGGGGCGGUCCUCCUCGUGCCCUCCAACAUCUGCGGGAGGCACGGCCGCUGCGUCAGUUAUGCCGAGGGGGCCUUCUCCUGCGUGUGUGACCCUGGCUUCAGCGGACAGUACUGCCAUAUAAACGUGAACGAUUGCGAGUCUUCCCCGUGCAUGAACGGUGGCACUUGCGUCGACCUCGAGAACAGCUUCCAGUGCGUGUGUGACCCGGGCUGGGAGGGACCCUACUGCAACACUGAUGUGGACGAGUGCGCUGAGCGUCCGUGCCGCAACAACGCCUCCUGCAGGGACGGCGACAGGGACUUCACGUGCGUGUGCCAGGACGAGUGGAAGGGCCGCACCUGCUCCUCCACCACCUCCCACUGCGACCCCAACACCUGCCAGAACGGCGGCACCUGCGUCGACCUCGGCGACGGCUUCGUGUGCCACUGCCUGCCCGAGUGGCGCGGCAGCAUCUGUCAGAUCCCGGAGCGCCGCCCGUGUGACUCGUCGCCGUGCCAGAACGGCGCCACGUGCGUCAACAGCGGCGACGGCUUCACCUGCCUGUGUCCGGACGGCUGGGACGGCGCCGCCUGUAACAACAACAUCAACGACUGCACGCCGCACCCCUGCUACAACGGCGGCCUCUGCGUGGACGGCAUCAACUGGCGCGUGUGUGAGUGCGCGCCGGGCUUCGCGGGGCCGGACUGCCGCGUCAACAUCAACGAGUGUGCCUCCUCCCCCUGCGCCUUCGGCAGCACCUGCAUCGACGGCGUCGCGGACUUCACGUGCCUGUGCCCGCCGGGACGCACCGGAGGCCGCUGCGAGCUCGUCGAGAACAACAGCACCUCCGUCCAGGCCUCCAAGGCGUGCAAGUGGGGCGAGGACCUGCGGCCCCACGGCGCCGUGUGGCGCCACCAGUGCAACUCCUGCCACUGCAGCCACGGCGUCGCCUCCUGCUCGGACGUGUGGUGCGGCCCUGAGAACUGCCUCAGCUCCCGCGACCCCGGCCACUACCCGUGCGAGCCCCACCAGGUGUGCGUGCCGGGGCCGCUGCACUGGUGCCUGGCACCGCCCUGCGAGCCGUGGGGAGAGUGCCGGAUGCUGAGCGAGGAGGGGCAGCACGUGGCCCCGCGCACCAACCCCGGCCCCGAGGACUGCGUGCCCAACCACGCCACGCUCAACAACGGCUGCGCCAGACUCACCCUCAUCCUGGACCGCGCCAGGCUGCCGCCGGGCUCCCGCGUCCAGACGGUGUGCCAGGGCCUGCGCGCCGCCUGGGCUGACCGCCACGCCCACACCUCCACGCCCGCGCCCAUCAUCCUCUGCGGCCUGCUGGUGGGCACAAACGACACGAUAGAAGUCACGCUGUCCUACGUGAGCGAGGGGCCGCGCGGGGACGUCACCAUGGCGGCCAAGACCCUCGGCGAGCUGGUCAGCAGGAAGCUCACGCCCGCCUCCGCCCUGGCCGCCGCCGUGGAGGUGAAGGUGGAGACGACGGUGGUGAGCGGCGAGCCCGCAGGCGUGGCGAGCGGCGUGCUGGCGGCCGUGACGGUGGUGCUGGUGGUGUUGGUGGUGCUGGUGGUGGCGGCGCUGGGCUACUGGCAGUGCCGGCGGCGGCACCUUCAGGCGCACCACCGCAACGCCUUCCCGUCCCACUCGUCGCGGCACAAGCUGGCGGAGGACACCCACGUCGAGAAGUCCAACAACGAGAACGAGGAGAAGCUGUGGCGGUACCACAACCCCCUCAAGACCACCACCUUCAGCGUGGGCCCCACCGACGGGGCGGAGCCCUCCUGCUCCAGGAUGAGUCCCCAGGGCCCGGGCGACCCCCGCGUGGCACCCCUGGGCCCCCUGGCCCCCCCCUGUGGCCUGAUGCCGGUCCAAAAGGGCAUGCUGGCCACCCCCGAGACGGACCUGAGUGACUGCGACUCCCCGACGCACGGGCUGCCCGCCGCCAUGCGCAAGGUGCAGAACGCCGACGUGGAGCGGAACAUGACGCCGCACGACCCCGCCUGCAAGAGCCUGCAGAAGGAGAUCAACCUGAAGGCCAUCAGCCCGCGGCCGCUGGAGCCCGAGCCCAUCACCACCGAGAUGGUGGUAUAGCGGCGCCGCGCCGCCCCAACCUCUGUGUUCACGGGGGAGGCCGCGCCGACCUCCCUUGACCCACUCCCGUCCAUGAUGACCCGGUGACCACGCACUUCCCUCCACCCGGUGACGUCACACAGCUUGGUGCGCCGCAGGACACUAGUGAUGUAGUGCCACAGAAGCUUAUUUUUCUACGAGAGGUUGCGGAGCGGCCGCCCGGCCCGCGCCGCUCCCGCUAUUUUCUUGGUGCCGGACCUGACAGGCCCCGGGGUGCCGCGCGGCGCCCCGGGGCCUCCUUGUAGAUACAGUGGGCGUGUUCGUAAGCUAGCGCAGUAGCAGGACACUACAGUGGAAGGUCGUGAUCUCUAUAGUCUAUUUUCUCUCGUAAUUUACUUUUCCGCAUUUUCUGCAAAGCAGUAGAGUGUGACGUCACUGACCCUUGAUGUGGUCAAGCCGCCGGCUGACAGGCUGACAGGCCGGCUGGCCGGCUGACAGGCUGGUCGGUCGGCCGGGGCGUGAGUAGGCUCACCCCGGGCCGCUGACCGCCUGGCCCGGCGCCCGCCGCGCCGCCCGUACAAUACUCGGCCUGGCCCGGCGCCACUCACCACCUGAUACUGAUGUAGAGAGCUGUGAUAUUUUUGUACAUUUGUAUUCAGUGUUGUGCAAUGUAUAUAUGUAAGUAUUUAUUGGUGUUCCGACCAGUGCUGCGCCCCCGGUGCUGCGGACAGGCGGUGGCGGCCCCGAGCCGUCCACGGGGCGGGGCGCCACCCACAGGACAGGGGAGGGAGGAGCUGCCCCACCACCCGGGGCGGGGCGGUCCACUACCCGGGCUGUGAUAGUCGGAUCACCGCGGGGCGCCGACCCCUCAGCCAUCCUUUGCCUUAAGUCACUCAGAGUUGUUUGUACCGAGUCGCUGCUCGACCCCUAAACAGAUGUACUAUUUUAGUAUUGCGGCGCGGCAGCACGCCUUGCCAGGGAACACCGCGAAAAGACAAUAAAAGUUUACCUGAAA